AUGUCAAGCAGUGGACCAUUCGGUACAGCUGUCGAAGCAAAAAGAUUGGUUGAAAAUUUGCUGUCGGAUUUGAGAACGCUUUCGACAGAGGCCAGGAAAAAGCAUUCGCAAGUUAAAGAGGCGGCUGAAUCAGGUCUCGUGAAGAUAAAGAAUAUUACUGCAGCAUCCAAUGAGCAAAAUCUAUUGACAAACAUACGUUGUGCUAGUGCCGAAUUGUUACAACCGCUUAUUUUGGGUUGUUCAAGUAAAAAUGCUCGCCUUGUUCAGGUGUCUUUGCAGGCCAUUCAAAAGAUGGUACAGCAUCGAGUUAUUGAGUCCGCCUCUGCUCACAUUAUUGUUAAUGAACUUUGGCAUUUGAUGGAAGCAGAAUGUGAAGAAUUACGAGUCUUACAAACAUUGACACCUCUUGUCAGCACUGAAAUACUAGUCUCUGGACAGUGGCUCGCAAAGUGCUUAGUGAUGUGCUUCCGUUUAAAUUUUGCAAAAGACCCAAUUGUAAUAAACACAGCAUCAGCAACUGUGCGACAAAUGGUGAACUGUGUUUAUGAACGAGUUAUCCAGGAAGAUGGUUUGAAAGGUUGUGAAAUGCCAAUCGUUCAUCAAACUGUACGAAUACAUGCGAAAGCUCCGCCGCCGACAUUAAGGCCACGCGCCUCGGAUGGUUACAUGUUGCUUUAUGAUCUUUGCUUGCUUAUCAACUCUGAGGCUCCUCUUUGGUUAAUUGGUAUUCAGGAAAUGACGCGUACAUUAGGUUUAGAAUUGUUAGAAUCAGUGCUUUCUUCUUAUCCGUCUAUAUUUGUCAAGCAUUCCGAAUUUGCUCAGUUGUUGAAAGACCAAGUAUGUCCCCUAAUCAUUAAACUGUUCGCACCGAAUCAUAAGCAGAUGCAGAUCACAUUGCAACAUCCAUGUUCACCAAGCACACAUGCAUCAUUAGAUUCCAUUUCAUCACAAAUACCAUGUUCACCUGAGCGUGUAUAUUUUCCAAUUUCGAUGCGGCUUCUACGUGUUGUCGUAAUUUUGAUCACGCUUUAUUACAACUUAUUGGUGACAGAAUGUGAAAUCUUCUUAGCAUUGCUAGUUAAAUUUCUGGAAUCCGAUAAGCUAGGAUGGCAGCGUGCUAUUGCUCUUGAAGUCUUGCAUAAAAUUGUUGUUUUGCCCGAACUUUUGAUCUGGUGCUGUGAAAAUUACGACGCAAAACCAAGCGCCACGAAAGCGAUCAAUUCGAUCGUGUCUGGUUUGGCAACGUACGUACAACUGUCAUUUUUGCGUCCCAAUGUAUCAGAAAUCACUACUAAAGAUGAGGAACAAUUCGAGGUGAACGUUCAGUCAGGCUCACAACCAGGUUUCCAGUAUCGUGAUAUGUGGAUUCCACUGUGUCAGAAUAUUACCCCCAAGAAGUCUUUAUUGUUGGAUUCCCUAGAAAAACAUGAGGCACUGAAUUUGCCUAGUGGCUAUUCAUUAUCUUUAACUUAUUAUUGUAUAAGCAGCUGCUGUCAAUCAGUUUUCGAAGCUAUUGAGUCCCUGCGCUCUCGAAAAGAAAAGAAAGACAUAGCACAAGAACUGUAUCAAUCAACUUAUACAAGCCUUUUAGUUGCAAUUUCACUUUUCCUGGAUGCAAGCAUCGAUGAAUCGGUAACAGAACAACUCUUGAAAUGCUUCGUCACAAUGACGCUUUUAUCCUGCCGUUUGGGUCAUACAGCUGGCCGUGAUGCUGCGUAUUUUGCGUUAUGUAAAGCUGCGUUACCACCUAAAUAUUUGGUGCGAUUAGCAAGUGCUUCUGGUGGUUUAAGUGUCAUACCAGGAUCUUUAAUUUCGUCUAAUUCUCACUUGGAAAAGGAUACUUUAGGUGGUUCUAAAGUGGAAAAGGUUGAAAAUGAAUCAGUAUCGAGUCAGCCGUGUCAAAUUAUAGCUGUUAGUACUGUUUGUCCAACUCCUUCACUUCCUUUAAACUUUUACAGUGGAACUGUCAUGUUAACUGCCAAGAAUGUGCAAGUGGCACGUGUACUGAUAAGCUCUGCUCAAGCUAAUGGUCAAGAUUUGGGUGAUUGUUGGCACCUUGUGCUAGCUUCAAUGCAACAUUUAGUAUGGAUUUUGGGGAUGACUCCAAGUAUGCAAGGUGGAUUUCGGUCUGAUGGCGAAACCAUUGAUGGAACCUCACUAGUAACUGGUUCGCACUCCAACACCAAUGUUCUGACAACAGCUGCGAUGGCUGAUGUUCCCGUUGUAGCAGCUAUGCUAAAUAAAUUAUUUGAUUCAACGGCCACGCUUGAUGAUGUUGCACUACACCAUGUGAUCGCCGCGCUAUGUAAACUUUCUUCUGAGGCAAUGACCGUAUCCCAAAAUGGUUCUCGUGAGCCUUCUUUUUUCCCUGUUGCAAAGCUACAGCAGACGGGGAUGGCAAACCUUGCACGUUUAGAAGUAUUUUGGAGACCUGUAACGGCUCAUCUUCUUGAGGUAUCAGGACAUCAUCAUGCGAAGUUGCGAGAGUGGGGCGCACAAGCGUUAACAGUAUUGGUGAAAAGUGCUUUAAAAGUAAAAACCGCAACUGCAGAAUCGAAGCGUCAGCAGUUGAUACUGUUACCUUUAUCGUCAAUGUCCGAAAUUGAAUAUACGGAUGUACGCCGAAAGCAAAUCGAAUGUCUUGUAAAUGUAUUACAGUCAGCUGGGCAACAGUUAACCUCGGAUCAGUGGCCAACCGUUAUUGAAACUGUUCGUGUUGUUGUAGCUGGGAAAUUAAGUUACGAUGAAGUACUGGUGAAACAAAGUUAUGAGGCGGUGGCGUUGAUGAUUACAGAUUUCCUUGAAAUAUUACCCUUUCAUUGUAUACAGCUCCUUGUUGAAACCGAUGCGAAAUAUGGUGCUCAGCAGUGCGAAUUAAAUAUAUCUCUCUCAGCUCUGGGGCAGUUGUGGACAAUUUCUGAUUUUGUGUACCGGAAGAGUCCAAAACUUUCGCAGAAAGAAAGUGAAACAAUUUGGCUGGUGCUAUACAACUGUCUUUCCGAGUUGUGCGUUGAUGUUAGACCACCAGUUCGUAAAAGUGCUUGUCAGACAUUGUUACAAACAAUUGCUGCGCAUGGUUUGGCGCUGAAACCGGAUACAUGGAAACAUAUGGUCUGGAAGAUACUUUUCCCAAUGUUGGACAAAGUACGAGCUCUAACACUUAGCGCUUCAACAACGCGAACAGAUAGCUCAGCUUUGGGUGCUUCAAACAUACUCAUACAUCAUUCGAGAGAUACCGAAUCGAAACAGUGGGCCGAAACGUCAGUUCAAACCCUCAGUGGUGUUGUCAAAAUUUUCAAUGCCCAGCGAACACUUCUGCUUGCACUUGAUGACUUCCCGGCAAUCUGGGCGACUCUUCUCCAUUACAUCGAAUACUUAGCUGCGUCUGAUAAUAGUGAAAUGACACUGGCUGCACUUAAGAGCUUCCAGGAAUUGUUGUUGGGUAGAAUACCGUCACAAGGCUACGAAAUGAGUAAGAGGGAAAGAUUUGCCAACUGUGCUUAUGGAAAUCAUGUUGGUGAUGAACCGCCUGUUUUGCCGGAACAUUUAUGGAUCACCUCUUGGAAGAGUUGGAUGGUUAUUUCACGGACGUUGGUUCUGAGUAAACCUUUCAAAUUUGAUGUCCAAUCGGACGCUGCGGUGCUUUUAUCUGAGAGGAGUGGAGGGAAAUUUAUCCCCGGACAAAUACAUCUCAUCAUUUUACUUCACAUAUUCAUCCCUUUAUUUGAACGAGUUCGGAAGAAAAUUUCAUGUGAUGAUUUGAAAUUUGAUGAAGUACCGAAUAUUUUAAAGGGUAUUGUUAGUGUACCACUGACUGCAGAACAAAUCCCGUUUAUGCUGUCGAAUGCAAAUGACAUUACUCCAACUCUUGAAGCUGUUCUCAAUUGUGUUCGAAUUAUAUAUCAAGAUAUGUUGGAAACAGGUUCAUCGUUACGCCCAGCUUUGCCUGAUCUUAUUCGUUUGAUGCUUGAUUUCACAACUUUUGCUAUCCACCAGCCAGUCACCGAACAUGAGACAAACAAAACCGAAAAUAAAGGAGUACAAAAUAUGGUGCCUUUUGCGGAAUUAUCAUUAAGAACAGUAGUGGAGUUCUACGCAGGUACCGCGCAUUUCCAGGAAAUUGUCCAGUCUACUGUAUUUGUUGAUAUUGUUAUGUGUUUGGCUCAACCAAUGGAACUGAAAUACCAGUGUCCCUCUCAAAGUACAUGGAAAGCAGCAGCGUCAGCAUUUGUUACAGUUUUACGAUUAGGCCUUCCUAUUGCCAGGCAGCAGCCUCGUUAUUUUCACACCAUUUGGCCGGUAAUCGCUGAUACAUUAGAUCGUUUUCUGUUCAACAAUAGUCGUCCUUCAUGUCCGUUAAAUGCUGAUGAGCGAAAAAGACAUGAAUUUAUCGACUGUCAGUUGAUAGAACUGAUCACAACUGAGAUGCUGCCUUACGCAAGCGUUCUACCAGCGGAUUUUAUUCAAAAAAUAAUCGAUAUACUGAAUCGUGGUUCCAUAAGCACUGUGGAUUCCUCUGAUGUCUUUGCUUUAGACACAUGUGCACAGCGAGCAGAGUUAUCUAAAGUAUGCUUUGAGGCGCUAUUAUCAAUGAGUCAGAAUGAGGAGCAACCAGAUAUCGUGCGGAGUGCGGCACCAGCACAUUUUCUUGAUGAGUCAGUUACUGAUGAUAUCAAAGAAGCGAGUGGAAAUGAAAAAGGAAGACAGUGUAUCGCAUCAUCAAGCUUAGGUACUUCCGCAAUCUCGUCAUUGCUGGCCAGAUGCAAAGAAGUAAUGUUAUCUUUCGUUCGUGAUCAGUUAAACGCUGGACAGUUGCGCCUUUCUCAGGAGAGAAUUGUUGAAAUGGCGUCUGUGUUGCAUGCCGUGAGUACACUUAUCGAUGGGCUUGUACGUCAUACGGACAACUUCAAUUUAGAAUUCUAUGCGGAACUCGUUAACCUCUAUCCAAUUCUUGUAGAUUGUGUUGCAAGCACAAAAGCAGAUCCUCAGGUUGAGCAGGCAUUGAUUACUGCUCUUAAAUCCUAUCAGAUAUUAUUGUUGCUGAAUGUGCAUAAAUUCGAUAAGGAACGGCAUUAA